GUUCCAGGGUGAGACUAACACAGCUUGAAACUCAGGUCUGUUACUUGCUUAGCUGAGUCAUCCUCGGUGUCUGGGGUUUGGAUGGAGAACUCUUCUCUCGGCUACGAGUAUGGGGAUUAUGGCGAGAUUCCAGAUCUCCCUGUGGACUGUGUUGACGGCACCUGUGUCUCCAUUGACCCCCUCCACGUGGCCCCACUCCUCCUGUAUGCCGCCGUCUUCCUGGUGGGGUUGCCGGGCAAUGCCGUGGUGGCCUGGGUGACCUGGAAAGAGGCCCGCCGGAGGGUCGGUGCCACCUGGUUCCUCCACAUGGCCACGGCGGACCUACUGUGCUGUUUGUGUCUCCCCAUCCUAGCGGUGUCCGUCGCCCACGGGGGCCGUUGGCUGUACGGGGCCGUGGGCUGCCGGGCCCUGCCCACCGUCAUCCUGCUGUCCAUGUACGCCAGCGCCCUCCUCCUGGCCACUCUAAGCGCUGACCUCUGCCUGCUGGCCUUCGGGCCCCCCUGGUGGGGCGCAGCUGGGAGGGCACGCAGGGUGCAGGUGGCCUGCGGGGCAUCCUGGACGCUAGCCUUGCUGCUGACUGUGCCCUCGGCCAUCUACCGCCGGCUGCGUCAGGAGCAGUUCCCGCGCCGGCUGGAGUGCGUGCUGGACUACGGUGGCUCGACCGUGGCCGAGAACUCAGUGACCGCCACGCGGUUUAUUUUCGGCUUCCUGGGGCCGCUGGUGCUCGUGGCCAGCUGCCACGGCGCCCUCCUGUGCUGUGCUCCCCGACGCCGUUGGCCACUGGGCAUGGCUGUGGUCGGGGGGUUUUUCGUCUGUUGGUCCCCCUACCACACGCUGGGGCUGGUACUCACCCUGGCUGCUCCACACUCCGUGCUCCUGGCCCGGGCCCUGCGGGCUGAACCCUUGGUCGUGGGCCUGGCCCUUGCUCACAGCUGUCUCAAUCCCAUGCUUUUCCUGUAUUUCGGGCGGUCUCAACUCCGAAAGUCUCUGCCAGCUUCAUGUCGCUGGGCCCUGAAGGAGUCACAGAGCAACGAGGAAAGUGUGGUCAGCAAGAAAUCCACUGGCCGAGACCUGGUCUCGGAGAUGGAAGUGUAGGCUAGAGGGAAAUUGGUUUGUAUCCCCCUAUCCCACUUUACAAGACUGGCUUCAGGCAUAGCUGGAUCCAGGGGCUUAAUGAUAGUGUCAUUUAUUCCUUGAUUCAUUCAACAAACAUUCAUUAUGCGCCCUGCCAUGUGCAGUGCCGAUAUAGGACAUUUCCAUCCUUGCAGGAAGGUCUAUUGGACAGGGCUGCUCUAGAAUCUCACCUGCUCAGAUCUUUUAAAUCACAUAGCAGUGACACCUUCACGUAGAGUCAUUACUCCAGGAUAGCACUUUACACAUAGUUUCUCCUUUAAGGUAAUUCUUACAACAACCCAGGCAGGCAGGGGGAGAUGCUUCUUUUCAUAAGUUGAGGCCCAGAGAGCAGAGGUCAUUUGCCCAAGAUCACACAGCAAGGAAGAUACAGAGUUGAGAUUUGACCCCAUGUUUACUUGACUCCAGUGCCCAUGUUCUUGAUCACCAAAAUUUUCCUUCAAUGCCUUGUUCAAAUAAUACUUCCUCCAGGAAGUUCUCCCUGAUUCAUUCCCCUCCCAGGGAGGAAGUAGUGUUCUGUUCUCCAAGUUUCUGGAACAAAAAUUCCCAGCUAAACUGUAAAUUUCCUAAGGACAACAUCUGGGCCAAUUUAAUUUCUGUCUCUCCUCCACCCAUCCCAAGCCUUAA